AUGGACGUAGACGUAGACGUGGACGUGGACAUGGACGUGGACGUGGACGUCGACAUGGACGUGGACGUGGACAUGGACGUGGACGUGGACGUGGACAGGGACGUGGACGUGGACGUGGACGUCGACAUGGACGUGGACGUGGAGGUGGACGUGGACGUGGACGUGGACGUGGAUGUGGACGUGGACGUCGUCGUGGACGUGGACGUGGACAUGGACGUGGACGUGGACGUGGACGUGGAGGACUUGAACGUGGACGAGGACGUGGACAUGGACGUGGACAAGGACGUGGACAUGGACGUCGACGUGGACGUGGACAUGGACGUGGACGUGGACGUGGACGUCGACAUGGACGUGGACGUGGACGUGGACAUGAACGUGGACGUGGACGUGGACGUGGACAUGGACGUGGACGUGGACGUGGACAUGGAGGUGGACGUGGACGUGGACAUGGACGUGGACGAGGACGUGGACAUGGACGUGGACGUGGACGUAGACGUGGACGUGGAUGUGGACGUGAACGUGGAUGGAAGUGGACGUGGACGUGGACGUGGACAGGGACGUGGACGUGGACGAGGACGUCGACAUAGACGUGGCAUGGACAUGGAGGUGGACGUGGACAGGGACGUGGACGUGGACGUGGACGUCGACAUGGACGUGGACGUGGAGGUGGACGUGGACGUGGACGUGGACAUGGACGUGGACGUGGACAUGGAUGUGGACGUGGACGUGGUCGACGUGGACGUGGACGUCGACGUGGACAUGGACGUGGACAUGGACGUGGACGUGGACAUGGACGUGGACGUGGACGUGGACAUGAACGUAGACGUGGACGUGGACGUGGACGUGGACAUGGAGGUGGACGAGGACGUGGACAUGGACGUGGACAAGGACGUGGACAUAGACGUGGACGUGGACAUGGACGUGGACGUGGACGUGGAUGUCGACAUGGACGUGGACGUGGAGGUGGACGUGGACGUGGACGUGGACGUGGACGUGGACAUCGACCUGGACGUGGACGUAGACAUGGACGUGGACGUGGACGUGGAUGUGGACAUGGACGUGGAGAUGGACGUGGACAUGGACGUGGACGUAGACGUGGACGUGGACAUGGACGUGGACGUGGACGUAGACGUGGACGUGGACGUGGACAUGGACGUGGACGUGGACGUGUACGUGUACGUGGACGUGGAUGUGGACGUGGACAUAGACGUGGACGUGGACGUGGACGUGGACAUGGACGUGGACGUGGACGUGGACAUGGACGUGGAUGUGGACAUGGACGUGGACGUGGACGUGGAGGUGGACGUGGACAUGGACGUGGACGUGGACAUGGACAUGAACGUGGACAUGGACGUGGACGUGGACAUGGACGUGGACAUGGACGUUGACGUGGACGUGGACGUGGGGACAUAG